GUCCCAGCGUAAUGUGCCUGGACUCAGAGAAACUGCCUCCAAACCUGAAGACACCUACUGUGGGAUCACAGACAUCUAAGUGAGACAUCAACCACCAAUCAAAGUGAGACGCUCCACUCAGCCCCUCAAAGGCAACCCUUUACCCAGCUGAGAGAAAGUCAGUGGGAAAGAAAGAAAGGCUGAAUUGGCUCAGGUGAGAGGUCAUUAGUGGAAUGCCUGAGAAGUGAGCGGCACGAGUUAACGCUUGUAAGGUAAAAGGGAAAGAACAGAUUAGUGCCAGAGCUAAAGAGGACAAGGUAGACAAGUGAUCCACCAAAAGAGAAGAUUCACAUCUGCGCAAACCUUCUCCCUGGAGGUAGAGCAUCAGAUAAAGACAGAAGUUUCCAGGUAUCUGUGGUCCACCUCAACAUGUGGUUUUUGGCUGUGUUGUGGGCUUCCUGCCUGCUGAUGGGCACCCAAUCUCAAAGCAGCGCUAGUUUUCGCCGGGCGGAUGCCGGCAGUGGUCGUUGCCAGUAUACCUUCACGGUGGACAGUCCUACAGAGGCCAGUUGUCCAUCACCAGGUUCAGGUCCCGAGAUGGAGUCCCUGAAAUCUCGCCUGGGGCUGCUAGAGGCAAUGGUUGCCCGUCUCGUAGGAGGGGAAACCUUGUCAUGGUCAUCACAGGGCUCCGGAUCUCAGUCAGGCGUCCAGGACGCAUACAAACAGGUGAUGGGGGAGAAAGCCCAGCUCCAGAGAGAGAAGCAAAGACUGGACAGACAGGUUCAGGACCUGCAGCAGAGGAUGGAAGAGCUCCGCCAGGAAACUGAGAGGCUGAAGAGCAGACCCUGCAUGCAACAACCUCCUCCAAGAGUGCCGCAAAUUGACAGCAGCUUCAGACCAGGAUCAGUACCUGAACUCUCCCACCUGGUGUCAAGGCCUGUGAAAACACGAGGAGACAAAAGCAUUUUAGGAGAUUCUAUAAGGCAUCUAGAGAAUCCUGGAUACCAGGAGAUGACGGCUGUAGUCACUGAGGUAUCUGCCCCAAAUCUGGAAGGUCCAGCAGACAUCUCAGGCUGUGGGGAUCUGGUGUGGGUCCAGGAGCCUAAGGUGCACCGCAAGGCUGAAACCAUUGCUGGUAAAUACGGUGUCUGGAUGCAAGACCCAGAAGCUAAAGAACCUUAUAAUAGCGAGAUGGUAUGGCGCAUUGAUGCCGUAGGGUCUGAAGUGCGUCAACUCUUCGGGUAUGAAAACAUGGACCAGCUGUCACGGGGCUUUCCCACCAAAGUCCUCCUCUUGCCGGAAUCUAUGGAGAGCACGGGUGCCACAAUGUACAGAGGCUCCUUGUACUACCAACAGAAGCUCAGCCGCAUCCUCCUAAGAUACGAUCUACAGUCAGAGAACAUUGCUGCCCGCCGUGAUCUUCCCCAAGCUGGCUUUCACGGUCAGUUCCCCUACUCCUGGGGUGGCUACACAGACAUUGACCUCGCAGUAGAUGAGAACGGUCUAUGGGCCAUUUACAGCACCAGCAAAGCCAAGGGUGCUAUAAUGAUCUCCCAGCUGGACCCCGAAAACCUGGAGGUGAAGGGCACCUGGGAGACUAAAAUCCGCAAGACAUCGGUGGCGAAUGCUUUUAUGAUCUGUGGCAAGAUGUACACAGUAGCUAGUUACAGCUCACUAAACACCACCAUAAAUCACAUGUAUGACACUGCAACCAGCCAGGGUAAAACAAUCUCCGUGCCAUUCAAAAACCGCCAUCGCUACAACAGCAUGGUAGACUAUAACCCAGCACAGAGAAAGCUAUAUGCUUGGGAUAACUAUUACAUGGUUACUUAUAAUGUGAGACUAGGCAAGCAGGAGUAAAGUGAAGAAAUCAGAAUACAUUUCCAUUUCACCAAGCUUAUAUAUGCAUUUUGUCAUGUUUUAAUAUUUUAACAUCCAGAGGGACUGCUAUUGUUGGAUUUACUGUAAUUCAAAGACAAUCAUAGACAACUGGACAAAAAUCAACUAUAAUAAUGCUGAUAACAUUAAUAAUAGCACCUGCAGUAGGUGCAUGUAUGUGUGUGUGUGUGUGUAUAUAUAUAUAUAUAUAUAUAUAUAUAUAUAUAUAUAUAUAUAUAUAUAUAUAUAUAUAUAUAAAAACAUUUUCCUGAUAAUAUUCAAGCUUAAGUGACUUCUAUAUAAGCUGUCAUUUUCAAGACAACAGUUAAAGACUGUUAGCAUAUAAGUAACUACAUUGCACAUCUUCACAUUAAGAAAUAAUUUAUAUUUUUUGCAUCUGUCCAAUGAUAAAUGCUAUAAAAGAUAUUCCUUUGACUAACAAAUAGAUAAUUAUCUAAUCAUGAUGCCAUGUUUUUUAUAAAUUGAGGCUACAUUUAUAUCCUCCGUGAUUUCGUUCACUUAACAUGUUAAUAGAGAAAUUAUUUUUCUACCUUUGUAAGUAACGUCUCUUUGUUUAAGGCACUGAAUAAAUUAAAGGGGGGGAAAUAUAAAUGGCAUACAAUUACAGUAAGCCUGCCUCUUGAUUUAUACAUUGUACAGAGGAAUGCAACUUUAAAAAUCAUAAAAACUUAAUCCUUACAUAAUUAUGCUAUCAUAACUCAGUAUGUGUUGAAUAUGUUCCCUUUUCGCUUUUGAAUUUGCCUCGACACUUGUUUGCUGCUUGAGAUGUUAAGACUGGAACCUUGUGGCUAUGAAAGUGAAUUAACUUAUAUGAAAAUAAAGAUUUUAAAAGUUA